AUGUUUGUCAGCUACCUGAUACUAACGUUGCUCUGCUUUCAAACAGCAGUGUUAGCAAGACCUGGGGGUGAGAGCAUUGGCUGUGACGACUAUCUGGGUUCUGACAAGGUGAUUGACAAGUGUGGAAUAUGUGGAGGGGACAACACUGCUUGCAAGGUUGUGUCUGGAGUGUUCAAACACACGCUAACAAAUCUGGGCUACCACAAGAUAGUGGAAAUUCCUGAAGGAGCUACUAAAAUCAACAUUACUGAGAUGUCAAAGAGCAACAACUAUUUGGCCUUGCGGAGUCGGUCGGGACGGUCCAUCAUCAAUGGAAACUGGGCGAUUGAUCGCCCGGGGAGAUACGAAGGUGGUGGGACAAUGUUCACUUAUAAACGCCCCAAUGAGAUCUCCAGCACUGCAGGGGAGUCAUUUUUAGCUGAUGGUCCAACAAAUGAAGUCCUUGAUGUCUAUAUGAUACAUCAGCAGCCUAACCCGGGUAUACAUUAUGAGUAUAUCAUUCCAGGAGACAAUGUCAUUAGUCCUCAGCUGCUUGCUCACAGGAGACCAGGGGAGCCACUGAAUGGUCAGUUAGGAAUGCCAGAAAGCACAAGUCAUGAGGAUGAGGAUUUGCAUAGAGAGACAGACAUUCUCACUGGACAGUCAGCUGGAACUUUUCCAGUUAUUCAGCCAGGAAGAUUUCCUUCUCAUCAGCCAGAGAACCAGGUUCCUGCUAUGCAACCACCAAGACAAAACCGAGAACACAACUGGAAACAGGUUGGAAAAACUGAGUGCACUACUACAUGUGGGAAAGGAUCACAGUACCCAAUCUUCCACUGUGUCAACAGAGUCACUCAUGAGGAGGUACCUGAGAGUUACUGUGACAGCAGUACCAAACCCAUUCCAGAGGAGGAGGCCUGCAACCUCUUCCCAUGCCCAGCUUUCUGGGAUAUAGGGGAGUGGUCUGAGUGCAGCAAGACCUGUGGCCUUGGUAUGCAGCACCGACAGAUCCUGUGCAGGCAGAUGUAUGCCAAUCGCACCCUGACAGUGCAGCAGUAUCGCUGCCACCACCUGGACAAGCCAGACACCACCAGCACUUGCCAGCUGAAAAUCUGCAGUGAAUGGCAGAUCAGGACAGAGUGGACCUCAUGUUCAGUGCCUUGUGGAGUGGGGCAGAGGACUCGAGAUGUGAAAUGUGUCAGCAACCUUGGAGACAUUGUUGAUGAUGAGGAAUGUAACAUGAAGCUGCGGCCAAAUGAUAUUGAGAACUGUGACAUGGGGCCCUGUGCUAAGAGCUGGUUCCUUACAGAAUGGAGUGACAGGUGUUCUGCAGAAUGUGGUGAUGGAAUCCGCACGCGCUCGGUGGUUUGCAUGACAAACCAUAUCAGCAGUUUGCCUCUGGAAGGCUGUGGCAACAACAGACCCUCUGAAACAACUCCCUGUAAUAAUGGGCCCUGUGCUGGUAAAGUGGAGUGGUUUGCUGGGGGCUGGACACAGUGCUCUGCUGAGUGUGGCACUGGAACUCAACAGAGAGAAGUAAUUUGUGUUAGGAAAACUGAAGGUAAUUUUGAUGUCUUGAACCCCUAUGAAUGUUCAUACUUGGAAAAACCUCCCAGCCAGCAAUCCUGCUACCUCAAACCAUGUGGAUCUAAGUGGUUUCAUACAGAAUGGAGCACAUGUUCCAAAUCCUGCGAAGGAGGAUUUCGGGUCCGAGAGGUUCGAUGUCUAUCGGAUGACAUGGCAGCCAGUUCUCAGUGUGAUCCACAGCUAAAACCAGAAGAGAAAGAAUCCUGUAACACACAAGAUUGUAUCCCUGAAAUAGAUGAGAACUGCAAAGACAAAUACUACAACUGCAACGUUGUGGUUCAGGCCCGGCUCUGUGUCUACACCUACUACAAAACAGCCUGUUGUGCAUCCUGUACACGCGUGGCAAACAGACAAUCAGGGUUUCUAGGACGUAGAUAACAAAUACUCUUCUGCUCAAAGCAGCAAUGUCAGUCUUCAGACAGAGCUUGAACAGUGUUACUGGUUUGACUACAGCAGUUUUAGCUUCUUAGAGAUGGGUUUUUAUAUUGCUGAGUGCAUCAAGACUGUGGUUAAAUCUCACACCCUUUCAGUUACAGUUAUUGUGCAGUUAUCUCUUUUAAAAUGUUUGUUGUAAAACCAUGAUCUUUUUUAAAGCAUUAGUUUUUAAUUAUAUUAUUAUUUGCACCUGCUCAUCAG